AUGGAGAUUGCCGGAUUAGAUAAAUUUGCCCUAGCUCAAGCUGCAAAUCUCCAAUUUUUGUUCACUAAAGCUGGAUUAAGCAAUAUUGCUGAUCAACAAUUAGCAAAGUUAGAUGCUCAGCUAAUUUUAGGAUUUGACUCACAAGAGGAUCAAGGGAAAUUUGUGGCUGCCUAUUAUACUAUUGCCAAUUUAACAGAACUAGAAACAAUUGAGGUAGCGGAAGUAACAGAAAUACCCGAUACAAUAGAAGUAGUCAAGGUAGUAAAUGUGAUAGCAGAAGACAAGCAUCAAAGGAAAAUUAGAGCAGUAGAUGAAGUAGAUAGCACUGACUACUUAGCAACAGAAGAGCAGUCAGUUACCAGCAAAGCAAGGAAUCUUCAACAGGUCAAUAUUAAUCCAGGAAUCGAUAAAUUAGUAGAAUACCAGCAAAAGCAUUUUGGCCAGUAUACGGAAAAAAUACAGGAACCUACUCAGCUUAAACGCUAUCGUCGCUCUGAUAGUGAUGAUGAAAGAGAAAAUAACAGAAAGUUAUUUUCAGCUAUAAGCAAAGGUAAAGUACAGAAGGUUGAAGAACUUCUAAAUUCAGGAGUACAAGUUAAUGUUGUAGAUAAAAAUAAUAAAGAUAACACCCCUUUACACUAUGCUAUUGAAAAGAAUAAAAAAGAAAUUGUUAAAUUACUUUUAAAACAACAGGGAAUAAAUAUUAAUGCUAAGAAUGAUAAAGGUAAGACACCACGAGAUUUAGCUAGAGAUCAAAAUAAUCAAGAGAUUCUUGAUAUGUUAGAGGAGCAUCUGCAGAAACAUUCCAGUUCUGGAGUUGAUUCUCAACAGCAAGGAUCUCAACUAAUAUCUGCUGGUACUGAUCAGCAAGUAGCGGGAGGAUCGGCUAUUGAUCUACCAUCAAUUCAGCAAUCUCCUCUAAAAAGAAAGGCAACUAACAGUGAUGAAGAAGAUCGAGAAAAGGAUAUAGAAGCAGAUGAAUUACUCAAGGUAGACAAAGAUCACAAUACGCAAUGGCAAGAAGCCUUGCAAAUAGAUAAAACAGGUCUCUUCAAAGACUAUUACUACCCGUUGAUUAGGGAGAUGUGCUGCCUAAAGAAACAACAGAAUUUAGAGAUGCUGUAA